AUCAUGGGGCUCAGGCUGGAAGAUCCUACUCUCCCCGCACCAGCUCUGCAGUUGUAGAGCUCGAGCUGGGAGACUCUUCUCUCAGUGCUGCCCUGCAGUCACAGAGCUGGUGCUGGGAGAGAAGGAUCUUCCAGCCCGAGCCCCAUGACUGGUAUUAUCACGUUUUGAAAGAACCAGAUAUUAAUUAACAGCAAUGUGCUGUUACUGCACCGUCUUUUAGUGCUUCCAUGGCUCUAAAGGAACUAAAACGGAAAAAAUAGUUUUAAAGAAGCAGUGCAGUGUGAAAUGGUUCCUGCAAUAGCCAUUGGUGAAAAUGUGACCCUGAGCUGUAACUUCACCCUUCCUCUAGAUAUUCUACAAAUAACCUGGCAGAAGAGGAAAGGUUCUUUAUUCCAGAACAUAGCCACCAGCAGCAAGAGACACAGACCUAAAUCCAUGGGACUAUUUCAGAACAGAGUCCUAUUUACUGAUACAAGUCUGAAUGCAUCAUCCAUCACUCUCUGUAAUGUGACACUACAGGAUGAAGGAGAUUAUAAAUGCAUCUUCAAUGCAUUUUCACAUGGUUUUUUCAGUAGAACCACCUACUUAACUGUGCAAGCUGUGUCAGAAAUCAGAACCGAGCUCCACGUAAAUUUCAUUAACCAGGGGAUCCUCACUGCGAUUUGCUCGGCUACUGGAAGGCCUGCCCCCAAAAUCACCUGGAGACCUGAGGGAGUCCUGACUGAUCGUCACCCUGAGGUUGGCAGUGUUCACAAUGCAGAUGGAACAGUUACGGUGACAAAUGCUUGCAACUUCACCUUGGAACGCCUCAAAAGGCUGACGUGUGUAAUGGACCAUCCUGAGGGAAGUAAAGAGAAGAUCGUUUAUCAAGAAGGGGAUAAGAGACAAGAAGAAGAAUAUGAAGGAGUUCCUGUGGAGGAGAUUAUGGUUUUUUUUCUAGUUCCUAUAGUUUUUGUCUUAGGAAUUAUGAUCAUACUACGAAGGAAAAGAAAAAAGGAAAGAUCACAAGUUUCCAGUGUGCCCUGCACUCCUGCAAGAGAAGCAUUUUUCAACGAAGACAAGGGCAAGACUCCCCAGAAUCUGCGGACACCACCGAACCAGGCUGUUUCCUAUCAAAAAGAGGUAAUGAUUUGAACAAGGCAAACACCUCAGCAA